UCCCCACCAAAGGAACACACAGCAAAUCGACUACGAGUCCACAACUCACACAAAUAAGAACAACAGGCAGGUUCAGUUCAGAGAGUACAGUGCAGACAGAGACAGAGAAACAGAGAGAGAUUGGCAUUGGGACUACCAUGGUGGCUUGGAGGGACAGCUACCUGGACCUGGUGCUGAUCCCGGUCGGCCUCCUCUUCCCGAUCCUCUACCACGUGUGGCUCUACCGCGCCGUGCGCCGCUGCCCGCUCCGCUCGACGGCGGGGAUCGGCGCGGCGGCGCGCCGGCUGUGGGUGCUGGGCAUGAUGCGGGACAACGAGAAGAAGGCGGUCCUGGUCGUCCAGUCCCUCCGCAACGUCAUUAUGGGCUCCACGCUGGUGGCCACGACGUCGGUGCUCUUCUGCACGGGCGUGGCCGCCGUGCUCAGCAGCACCUACGCCGUCAAGAAGCCGCUCAGCGACGCCGUCUUCGGCGCCCACGGGGAGUACAUGGUGGCGCUCAAGUAUGCCACGCUGCUCCUGGCGUUCUUGCUCUCUUUCCUAUGCCACUCGCUCGCCAUCUGCAGCCUCAACCAGGCCGCUUUCCUCGUCAACGCCCUCUCGUCACAGUUCUUCGUCUCCGGCGCCGGCGGAGGAGCUGGAGGAUUGUCCGUGGUGGAUAAGGAGUACGUGGUGGAAGUGUUGGAGAGGGGUUUCGUGCUUAGUUUGGUUGGGAACAGGCUCUUCUUUGGUGGGGUGCCGCUGCUGCUCUGGAUCUUUGGGCCCGUGUUGGCGUGCCUGGCGUCCAUGCUCAUGAUCCCUGUGCUCUAUAACAUCGACAUCGUGUAUGUAGAGAAGAGGAAAGGAAGCGGGGAAGUGGCGGAGAUGGCGACGACUGAUGCCGACGACGAAGACAGCGACGACAACGACGACAAUAUGAUGCCACAACAAGUCUGAUCGAUCGAUCGUCUCUUCGGUUCUAUCGAAUAUAUUGGUUGGUUUGGUGACAUGGAGAGACAGCACGGAGGAGCAAGGUUGCAAGAGAGAUCGGUGCGUGCAUGUAAGGCGUUCGUUGAUUUAAUUUGCAAGGACAACUGAUUGCGACUCCGGCCUGGUGGUGUUUUCUUCGUGGUUGGAUAAUGGCAUAUCUUGACGGCUUGAUCAUUUAGUCCGGCCGGUCUGCACAUUGGCUAAUGCCUAAUGCAUGCAUGUCGUCGGUAGCUUAGUGCACAACGACAUGAUGUAUUUAUAUAGUUACAUACUGAUAUAUGAGUAAAUUUCACAAAA